CAAACCAGUAAGGAUAGCGCGCAUUGGCCGCGGCAGCGUGAAGCAGGCCCCGGUUAUUGUCCAGACUCUGGCGGCGGCGGCGGCGGCGGCGGCGGCGGCGGCAGUCGGUGCUGCGGUGCAGCGGCGGCGGCAGCUCGGUGGGAGCGAGGGCGGGAGCGGCCGAGACCAUGGCUGGAGGCAAAGCUGGAAAAGACAGUGGGAAGGCCAAAGCUAAAGCAGUGUCUCGCUCGCAGAGAGCUGGGCUACAGUUUCCAGUGGGCCGCAUCCACAGACAUUUGAAGACUCGAACCACGAGCCAUGGAAGGGUCGGUGCCACAGCUGCAGUGUACAGUGCUGCCAUUCUGGAGUACCUCACUGCUGAGGUGUGUGGGGACAGUGUCUGUCACAUACGGGAAUGCAGAAGAUAUCCUAGACUGCACCCGGCUGGGACAUGGGAGAUGAGGGUUGGAAACAAAAAAACACAUCUGCUCAUUGGUUUCUUUAAUGGCAGUUAAAAAUGUGUCUUAACAGCCUGUUGCCCAGUGCCAGUGUCAAAAGGAGCCUUGGUGUACUGUUUUUAAAGCUAAGCAAAGGUCAACAAUUGAAUUUCUAAGUAACAUUUAAAUAUUGUACUGCUAAUUAGGUGAGCUCUGAAGCAUGUAUCUAAUCUAAUAUGUAAUACAUGAUAUUUGUGAAGCUCCAGCACAGCCUCUUAGUAAACGAAGAUUUGGGGUAGGGAACAGGUUUGCUAAUGUGAUGAUACAUUUUAGAAAUUUAAAGUAUAUGAUGAUGAUAAAAUUGGUAAAAGACCUAAUGGAUCAGUCUGAUUCUCUGUGGGGUUGUAUGCAUAAAAUGCUGUAUCUUGCUCAGUAUGACAUUUCAGAAAGACAAGUUGAUUGGGCAAGAGUUGUUAAUUCAAGGGUCAUGGACCACCAUUUCCUCCAUCCCAGCCACUCCUAAGGACAGCACAUGGGAAGCCAUGAGAUGCCUUCAGCUACAUUCCAAGCCAGGGAAGUAACUUGAGUAACCAGUCAAGUGACAGAGAUAGCCAGCCUUGCAAAAACAGGGGAGGUUCUUACUAGGGAAGAUGUGGUUGAGAGCUAGGCCGAGAGAUUUGUGUCUAACCUGUGUGAAUUACCGUUGCUGUCAUUUCCUUAGCCUCAUUAAGUCGUGUGUGUCCAGUUAGAGACUUGACACUGAAUGAUGGACAGCUUCAGCUUCAUUAUGUCAAGAGUCAGGGGUUCGGUUUUGGCCGUGUGUGUAGUUGAGAGCCUCUUCUCCCCCUUUCUCCCACUCAGUCUUAUACCAGUUUUUACUUAAACUUUUUGGAAAGGCAUGUAUUUUGUUCCAAGUCAGAGUGUUCAAAUCCCAUCUAAACUCCCAUUUUCUUAAUUCUUGAAAACUUUGAUUACAGUUUUUUAGAUUAAGGUAAGACAGUAAAUGCAUAUAAGAUGUCAGCAUACUUUCUACCUAUUUAAGUUUGGGGUUUUAAUCAUUAGUAGAGGUAAAGAAAAUACUGAAAUCUAAAGUUGGCUUACCCCUUAUCAACCUUGGCUUCACACUGGGGUCACUUAGGGUGCUUUCAGAAAAAUAUUGGGACCAAGCAUCACCCCCGACCAGAGUCCGGGGGUGAGAGGAUCCUGGUUGUUUUCAAAGUGUGCCAGUUGCUUCAGAUGCACACCAAGGCCUCCCAGCACUGUAAGUGAGAGGCACUGCGUUAUUUUUGUACUACUUCCAUCAAAGGUUUCAUAAUGGAAAUAUAGUCUGGGGAGCAAAAAACAAAUAAAAAAC